AUGAGUUACCCAAACAACGACGACUUCCUUGCUGAUUCAAUUCAUGAUGAAGAGGCCAACAGUGGAACACAAGAAAAGAUUGGACCUUUUAUUUUGAAGAAAACUCUCGGAGAAGGAUCAACAGGAAAAGUAAAGUUGGCUAUCCACAAGGAUACGGGUGAUAAAGUCGCGAUCAAAAUUAUCAACAAGAAAAUUCUAACGCACAAACCUCAUCUGAAGAAGAAGGUGGAAAGAGAAAUAGCUGUAAUGAAAAUGAUUCGUCAUAAGCAUAUCAUCAGACUGUACGAUGUGUUACAAACAAAAAAGUAUUUAUUCUUGAUUAUUGAAUACGUGGAGGGAGGAGAAUUGUUUGAUUAUAUUGUAGAAAGAGGAAGACUUACCAUAGAGGAGGCCUUCCAUUUCUUUAAACAGAUUAUUCUUGGAGUUGAAUAUUGUCAUAAACAAUUGAUCUGUCACAGAGACUUGAAACCCGAGAACUUGUUAUUGGACAGAUACAAGAACAUCAAGAUCGCCGAUUUUGGUAUGGCAUCACUCAUGGAAGAGGGCAAAUUGUUAGAGACCUCCUGUGGUUCUCCUCAUUACGCAUCUCCUGAAAUAGUAAAAGGAUUAAAAUAUAACGGUAUGGAGGCCGAUAUUUGGAGUAUGGGUGUUAUCCUUUAUGCUCUUCUCACAGGAAGAUUACCUUUUGAUGAUGAGACUUUGCAUGUUCUUUUGGCCAAGGUCAAGGAAGGAAAAUAUGAAAUUCCACAAUUUUUAGAUGAGGACGUUCGUGACUUAAUUUCUAAAAUGUUGAAAUUAAAUCCUUCUGAGAGAAUUACGAUCAAAGGAAUUAAAAACCACCCUUGGUGGAGAAAAAUGGAAAAGAAGAUGAGUCUUGUAGAACAAACUCUUCAUCACACUUCAUCAAGUGAAGAAAUCUCUCAACAAGAUGCUAUUCAAGAAAAACUUCUUCAGCACAAAUUGGAAAAUAUUGGGGCUUCUUCAUCUGAAGCUACUGCAGAAAACCAUAUUCAAGAGACAACUAAUAUUUGUGAAAAUAUUGAGCCAACGGACCAAGAUGUAGACUCUAUUCCAAAGAAGGAGGAGGAGUAUAUGGUUCAAUUGGAUGAAAAUUCUAUUGACCCUGAAGUUUUUCAAUCUACACUUGAAAAGACGGGCUUGACAGAACAAGCUUUGAAGGAGGCACUUAUGGCACCAGAGAAAAAUCUGGAAACUGUAUUGUACAACCUUAUUUUACAAUACAAACGUGAGUUGGGAACCGCACAAACAAACGUUUUUAACACCUCAAAAUAUAGUGUUGGUCCAUGUAAUCCUCUCACAGUACCUGUAGAUAAGGCAGCAGAACUGAGAAAAAGAUUGCAAGAAGCAAACGGUGAAGAUAUCGAACAAGAACCUGUUAAUGAGCCAUCUGGAGAAAAGGAACAAACUGGUAUUAAAUGGUUUGCGUUUUGGAGAAAGAAAAAGACAAAUCAGAAAGACGAUUCCUCAAAAAAGAAACAAACUCCAUCACAAUAUGGCCUUCAUAGUAGAAAAAGUCAAAGCGAAAUUUUAGCUGAAGUCACUCGUGUUUUUAAAGUUUUGCAUAUUCAGUUCGAGAAAGCUUCAGAAUCAACUGUAAGAUUUGGAUGUACAUUCCCUGUAAUUAAGCAAGGAGAGCAAAAUGAUACCGUAAUUGGAGAAAAGCAAGUCAUCAUGGACAUGACAAUGAGUGCAUUGGAAAAUGAUGGAUUUGUUUUGAACUUUACUUUGGUUUCAGGAAAAACCUCCGAUGCUCGUAUUUUGUUUGAUGCUUUGCAAGAUGAAGCAGAGCUUUGA